AUGAGAGUCAGACUCUUGCAUUGCUACACACCAGUAUAUGUACUGGCUACUAGUAGUACAUGUAGUAUGCAGCCACUACUCCCCCCUACCCCCUUGCCACCAUACCGUUACUUUUCUCCCGGCAACUCUUGUCACCUAAGCCACCAGCACUGCCAUUUCCGCUGCCAUGGCAGGAUGCUACGCAGGGGAUACACUGUUGCUGAAGCCGCCGUCACUGCAGCUUCUGUCAUCGCCGUCGCUGUUGAUUCCACCACCAAUGCCGCUGUCGCCACUUCCGUCACGUCACCGCAGUUGCAGCCGCCAUCGUCGCUGUCUCCGCUGCCGUCACUGCCAUCAUCACCGCCAUCGUCCCUGUCAUUGCCCCCGUCGCCACCACUGCCGUUUCAAUCGCCGUUGCCGCCAUCUCCAUUGCCGCUGUCACCACCAUCGUCGCCGUCUCCGCUGCCAUCACCGCCAUUUCCAUCGUCGCUGUCACCACCGCCGUUGCAACCACCAUUGCCGCCAUCGUCCCCGUUGGCGCUGUCACCACCACUGCCGUUGCAAUCCCCGUUGCCAUCACCACCGCCGUUGCAAUCCCCGUUGCCAUCACCACCGCCGUUGCCAUCACCACCGCCGUUGUCGCUGUAACCGCCAUCGUCGCCGUCCCCGUUGCUGCCACUGCUACCGUUGCGUCGCCACUGCUACCGUUGCGUCGCCGCCGUCGUCAUGGCCAUAGUCGUUACUCUCACCAAUGAUGCGUCUGUUGUUGUGGUACACCACCAUUAUAGUCAAUGCUACCAUCAUUGCCGUUUUCUUUGCUGCUGCUGCUGCUGCCUCUGCCAGCACCAGCACUGUUGCUACCACCAUCACCACCACCACCUUUGCUUCUACCAGCACCACUGCAGUCACUGUUGCCACCAUGCAGCACCACAACCGUCACUACCUCUGCCACCACCACAACCGUCACUACCGUUGUCGCUGCUAACAUCACCAGCACCACCACUAGCGUUGCAGCCGCUGCCAUUCUGCUACUGCUAUUCUAGCAACUCCGCAACCACCGCUGCUGUGUCUGCUGCCCGAGUUCUUGCAACUGUCACGGUUGCACCGUGUUGUUUUCAUUACCAUAGUUCCUGCCACACAUGCUGCUGUGUGUACGGCAUCAGUGCGGGGGCACUGCAAUGUUAGCUUGUUGUUACUACACGCUAUUGCGGACUUGUUUCUAAUGCUCCAGUUACCAAGGUCACCAUGACAUCCGACAGAGCUCGUACACUGCCGCCGACACCGCAUUCGCUGGUGACAACUGGCAUAGUGACAGGAGUGUCCAUGGCUUGGCUGUGGCAUGGCAUGGCUGACAUUGAGGUGGCAGGCAAUGGUCUCUGGCACACAAGACUCACACGCACGCACGUAAGCAUACACAGAACGAGCCACAAUCGCACACGCACGCCCAUAUACACCAGGAUGAGAGUGACAUGGAAUGA